AAUGCUGACAAUGUACACUUCAGGGAAAACGAGGAAGAAACAACCAGCUCUGCGCAAAACAGCUACGUGAGCGAAUGUUUUGUUUGGGCCGACUGGUUAUAUUUGCUAAUAUAUUUUGUUUAAUACCGAAUUAAAACUUGACAUGUCAACGGAAAUGGUGACCCGAACGAUAAUCGGAUGAUUUAAUUAAGAAGGGCAAAACUAGCUUAUUUCGUUAGCGCUAGCGGUCUAAGCUAACGAGAGUUAGCAUACUUUCUUCCUCUGUGAGCGCAUCUUUUACUUUGCUUAGCGUACAUUAUUAUUAUCGAUGUAGUUUCAAAUAGUUGGAAACCAAGCAAGGGGGAGAGAUUGUUAUCCAUGAGCUAACAGCAGGAUAGCAGCCUUCAAAUACGGUCAGCUAACAUGUCUUUAGUCGCCUAUGGCAGCAGUGACGAUAGCGAUGCUGAAGAAAGCGCUGCAGCACCAGACAGCAGAAAACAAGGCUCAGGGGGGCUAUUUUCACUCUUGCCCUGCCCCCAAAAAACAACUCCGAGAGACGAUCCCCAGCAAGCUAAAACGAGUUUAUUUUCAAGCCUGCCCAAACCCAGGAAGCGAACAGAGCCAGUGAGGAUUCCAGUGCCACAGAUCCAGAAACAUGAUUCAGACUCUGAUGACGACGAACCAGCAAAGAAGAAGCUCCAGUCACAGGCUGCAGGUUCUGGUUUGUCCUCCCUUCUGCCACAACCCAAAAACCUGACACUAAAGGAGAUGGACAGACCUUUAAUUCCUCACACGCUCACCAAGCGCUCGGAGCCUAAAGGAGCCAAGCCGGGACUGCCUAGUCAGGGCCUCCUUGGCUCCAGCGCGUCACCCUCUGCCAUCAAGGCUGCGGCAAAAUCGGCAGCCCGCCAGCUGGCCAGACAAAUAGUAGCCACUGAUGACCACGAGGAAGACAUUACACCACAGAACUACUUCUCGUUAGGCGAAAGUCCAGAGCGGCCUCCUGCUGUUGUCCCCAGCUACGAACCUGAGCCUGUUGCCCCAGUGGAGCCACUUCCUCCUCUGCCUGCUGGCGAGCUGAGCCAGUCAGACGCCCCUCUUGACUUUGGGGGAGGCCAUGAGGGAGCUGGCGCUUGGGGUGGUCAGUAUCCUCAGUAUCAACAGCCUAUGGCCGGUCCAGAGUCUUACCCUGAGGGAUACAACAAUGAAGCCUAUUACCAAGAUCCAAGCCCUGGGUUGCCAGAGGCAGAAGAACCGGGCCAUUCCGCAAUGUUUGACGAUGAAGCGGUAAGUAAAGUUCUGCAGUUUGUCAGAUUGGGCGAGUCGGUUCAAGGUGGACCGUGGGCAUUUCCUCUCCCCGUGCUGCAGUUCAUGCGGCUGCAGGGCAAAAGGAAUCGGGGCAAAGAGGAGGUGAAGUUCUUGGAGAUCAAAGGCGACGACCAGCUGAGCGGCCACCAGCAGUGGCUCACCAAGAGUAUGUCGGAGGAGAAGAAUAACCGUGGUUCCUUCAGCAAGAAAAGGGGAGGACAGCCCACGGGACAACAGAGGCGCAAGCACCAGAUUACAUAUCUCAUUCACCAGGCAAAAGAACGUGAGCUGGAGUUGAAGAACAGCUGGGCAGAAAACAGAAUGACCCGCAGGCAGACCCAGGCCAAAUAUGGUUUCUGAAUGCCAAAAUCCUUGGACUCGCUGAGGAGUGUGGAAAAACCUCACGUCAUUAAGACAUUAGAGUAGAGCUUCCUGCCCGUUAGCGCCCUUAGAUCUGAAACUGUUAUGCACAUUCCCUUCACACUGCCCUUGUUGUUUUAGGGACGAAUUGUGUUGUUCUCAUUCAAGAACAUGCUCCCGUUUUGGAAUCCAGUCCUUCAGUGGUUUACAAUGAAUUAUGUCAUUAACACCUUUUUGAGAUGGGUGGCUUUUAGAGUUACACAUGUACUCCUUUUGAACGUGUAUGCUUCCCGCUCAUAUAACAAACAUAAGUUACUCUUGUUAAGGCUGCCCAUGCGCAGAAAUAGCAUUGAAAUGAACUGGAGACAAAUGGACAUAUUUAGUUGUUUUAUAUUAAAGACGUGGAUGCACAAAUGUCAAAGUU